UAUUCACGGAAUUGAUACUAAAAUUCGUAAUUAUCGUCUCAGUGGGAAUCAGUUGGUAUAUAUGGCAUUAUGUUUAGGAAUUAUACCAGUGAUUGAACACCUUUACAAUGGCUCGAUUGGCAGUGAUUUGUGUGGCUUUACUGGUCUGUUUAGCUGGAGUAUACUCAGCUCCCCAAUUCGGCGGAUCAUUCAGCCAAGCGAACGCGCAGGCCGGUUCAUUCGGCGGCGGGUCCUACGGCCCCGGGUUCCAACAGCCGUUCGGACCCCCCGGACCCCCCGGACCACCCGGGUACGGACCCGGCUUCGGUGGCCCAGGCUUCGGACGAAGAUUCGGCAACAGAGGAAACACUAAUAUCAGCAUAUCGAAGAGUAUCAGUAUCAGCAGAGGAGGAGGCGGCGGUGGAGCACAGUCUAGUGCGGGAUCGGGUGGGUUUGGGAAGUAAUUAUUGAUAGAAAUUUUGUCACUUGAGAUAAAAUUUAUAAUAAAGAGUUAAAGUUCAAUGAUGUAUUUUUUACCUCUAAUGUGUUUUCGCUGUUAAGGUGAAAAGUAGUAAGAGACCAAAGUGAUAACUACCUUGUGUCUUCUGAGUCUCUCGCUAUUGGAGCUUGCCGAAAUAACUUUUCUUUCUUGUUGCUCAAGUAACUCUAUGUCUUGUUUAUUAUAUCAUUAAUGUAGGUAUACGUAAGCAUUUGUAUUUUUGCAAUAAAUAAUUUUUGUAAAAA